AUGUCGGACUACAGCACGGGAGGACCCCCGCCCGGGCCGCCGCCACCUGCCGGCGGGGGCGGGGGAUCCGGAGGAGCCGGGGGCGCCGGGGGAGGCCCUCCGCCGGGCCCGCCGGGCGCGGGGGACCGGGGUGGCGGCGGCCCUGGAGGCGGCGGCCCGGGCGGGGGGUCGGCCGGGGGCCCCUCGCAGCCGCCUGGCGGGGGCGGCCCGGGGAUCCGCAAGGACGCCUUCGCCGACGCGGUGCAGCGGGCCCGCCAGAUCGCAGCCAAAAUUGGAGGCGAUGCUGCUACAACAGUGAAUAACAGCACUCCUGAUUUUGGUUUUGGGGGCCAAAAGAGGCAGUUAGAAGAUGGAGACCAACCAGAAAGCAAGAAAUUGGCUUCCCAAGGAGACUCCAUCAGUUCUCAGCUCGGACCCAUCCAUCCUCCCCCCAGGACUUCAAUGACAGAAGAGUACAGGGUUCCAGACGGCAUGGUGGGACUAAUCAUUGGCAGAGGAGGCGAACAGAUUAACAAAAUCCAACAGGAUUCAGGCUGCAAAGUGCAGAUCUCUCCAGACAGCGGCGGCCUACCUGAGCGCAGUGUGUCCUUGACAGGAGCCCCAGAAUCUGUACAGAAAGCGAAGAUGAUGCUGGAUGACAUUGUGUCUCGGGGUCGUGGGGGCCCCCCAGGACAGUUCCAUGACAAUGCCAACGGGGGCCAGAAUGGCACAGUGCAGGAGAUCAUGAUCCCCGCAGGGAAGGCUGGCUUGGUCAUCGGCAAAGGCGGGGAGACGAUUAAGCAGCUGCAGGAACGGGCUGGAGUGAAGAUGAUUUUAAUCCAAGAUGGUUCCCAGAACACAAAUGUGGACAAACCACUCCGGAUCAUCGGAGAUCCUUACAAAGUGCAGCAAGCCUGCGAGAUGGUGAUGGACAUCCUUCGGGAGCGUGACCAGGGAGGCUUUGGGGACCGGAACGAGUAUGGAUCCCGGAUCGGUGGGGGUAUCGAUGUGCCAGUGCCCAGGCAUUCUGUGGGUGUGGUCAUUGGUCGGAGCGGAGAGAUGAUCAAGAAGAUCCAGAAUGACGCCGGUGUACGAAUACAGUUUAAACAAGAUGACGGGACGGGUCCUGAGAAGAUAGCUCACAUAAUGGGGCCCCCAGACCGGUGUGAGCACGCCGCACGGAUCAUCAAUGAUCUCCUCCAAAGCCUCAGGAGCGGUCCCCCAGGCCCUCCAGGGGGUCCUGGCAUGCCCCCCGGAGGCCGAGGUCGAGGCAGGGGCCAAGGCAAUUGGGGGCCCCCCGGUGGGGAGAUGACCUUCUCCAUCCCCACUCACAAGUGCGGGCUGGUCAUCGGCCGAGGUGGCGAGAACGUGAAAGCCAUAAACCAGCAGACUGGCGCCUUUGUUGAGAUCUCCCGACAGCUGCCACCCAACGGGGACCCUAACUUCAAACUCUUCAUCAUCCGGGGCUCUCCCCAGCAGAUUGACCACGCCAAGCAACUCAUUGAGGAGAAGAUUGAGGGUCCCCUCUGCCCAGUCGGACCAGGCCCCGGGGGACCAGGCCCUGCUGGCCCCAUGGGGCCUUUCAACCCCGGGCCCUUCAAUCAAGGGCCACCUGGGGCACCCCCUCAUGCCGGAGGUCCCCCUCCUCACCAGUACCCACCCCAGGGCUGGGGCAACACCUACCCCCAGUGGCAACCACCUGCUCCUCAUGACCCAAAUAAAGCUGCAGCAGCUGCCGCAGACCCCAAUGCUGCCUGGGCCGCCUACUAUUCACACUACUACCAGCAGCCCCCAGGCCCUGUGCCAGGCCCUGCACCGGCCCCCGCGGCCCCCCCCACCCAGGGUGAGCCUCCUCAGCCCCCACCUGCUGGCCAAUCAGACUACACUAAGGCCUGGGAAGAGUAUUACAAAAAGAUUGGCCAGCAGCCCCAGCAGCCUGGAGCACCCCCACAGCAGGACUACACAAAGGCCUGGGAAGAGUACUACAAGAAGCAGGCUCAAGUGGCCACCGGAGGGGGUCCAGGAGCACCCCCCGGCUCCCAGCCAGACUACAGCGCCGCCUGGGCGGAAUAUUACAGACAGCAAGCCGCUUACUACGGACAGACUCCAGGUCCUGGCGGCCCCCAGCCUCCACCCACACAGCAGGGACAGCAGCAGGCAAGUGGGAAUUGCCACCCUCCUCCUCCUCCUUUUUCCUUCCAACCCCCGGCUACCGUCCAUCCUGCCUUAGUGGGUAGCGCCGGAAAUCCCUUCCCCUGCGGGGUGUGUCCUUGAUGCCUGCAGCGGGGGCCGUGUGGCCAGAGGUCUCCAGGAGUCCCCACAAUCCGGGGAAAGUGUGCGCUGGGUCCAGAGGUUAAACGAAGAGGCCUCCCUCCGCCGGCCCGCUUGUUCCUGUGUAACGCUGUCGUGAUGCUGGGGGAGAGUGUGAAACAAAUAAAAGAAGGAACUGUUGAACUGGUGGGUAGUCCUGGGGGUGGGGGGCAGGCCGUCCGCUCAGAUGUUGGUCGCCGUCCUGGCUGCUAACACUCAAAAUCUGGCCACUUGGGAAGAAAACGGAUAUUUUUUUCCCCUCUCUGCAUUACUUGUAUGGUUUUUGUUCUCUUUAUUCCUUUAUUUUUGAACCCAUGAUCUCCCCGCGUGUCCAAGUGACUGUGCUGCAAGCGGCCUGGUGUGGCUCGGUCGAGGUGCCGAGGUGUGGGCGGGGUGCAGAACAGGUGCGGGGAGCCCCCCGCCGCUCCACCCGGCUUGGCCUCUGUUCUGGUGCCUGCCUGCGUGUCCCGGUCUUGUCUGUGAAGUGGGCGUGACGAUCGCUGCCACCUUCCAACCUACCUCACAGGGGUGUUGUGGGGACACCGUGAUCUCGGGUUGUUCAUGUUGUGAUGCGCCGGGAGCCACCUGCCGCCGCCUUCCUCAAGACAGAGGGCACCCUCCUCCCCUCCCACCCUGAGCGCUUCUCUCUCUCUCUCUCUCUCUCUCUCUCUCUCUCUCUCUCUCUCUCUGGCCCCUGCUUCUCCUUCCUCUGUCUAUCUCCUCCAUCAAGGAGCCAUUCUGACUUCAGCCGAGUCCCUGGAGCACUGACUAGACAGCUACAAACACAUCCUUCAGGCUCGGGAGAGGGGCUUCCUGGCCCCCUCCUUGCCACCGCCCCCAGUCUCCUGCCCCCCUCCCCUUCCCGUAGUGACCAAUUCCUAUCUCUUCCCUCUCCGCAGGCUCAAUGAAUCGAAUGAAUGUGAACUUCUUCAUCUGUGAAAAUCUUUAUUAUUUUUUUUCCAUUUUGUUCUGUUUGGGGGCUUUUUUUGUUUGUUUUUUUUUUUGUUUGUUUGUUUUUUUUUUUUUUCUGUUUGUUUGUCGAGAGAGCGAUGGCUGCCAAGGGGGGUGCCGGGGGAGCCCUCACUGUGAGUGGCUUGCAGGUCAUGGCACGGGCUAUGCCAGGCUCUCGCUCUCUCGCUCAUUCUGUGUGUCUCACAUGCUUUUUUUCUUUCAAAAUUGGGAUCCUUCAUGUUGAGCCAGCCAUAGAAGAUAGCGAGAACUAAAUCUCUGCAAAAAAAAAUAAAAAAUAAAAAAAUAAAAAUAAAAAAGCAAAACCUAUAAAAUUAUAUAUAUAUAUUAAAAAAAAAAAUCUAUCGCCCUCCUCUCCCCUAGCCUUCCUGAAACUGCCUCUUUUCAGGAAAAAGCAAUUCAUUCACUCCCUACUACCAUCCUUGGCCCUCUUCAUGUUUUUAAAAUAAACUUUUAAAAAGGAAAAAAGUCAUUCUUGCUAUUUCUUUUUUUUUUUUUUAGUUAGAGUUGGAACAUUCCUUGGACCAGGUAUUGAUAUUGCAGGAAAAAACUGCCCCUGCCCCACAUCAGGCAGCCCCUCGGCCUCUCUGCUCCUCCUCUCGCUCUCCUUCCGCCCCAGCUCAUUUCUCUUCCCCCCGCCCCGCCCACCCUGCGGUUCCUCCCGCCCCCGACCCCCAGGACUGGUCUGUCGUGUUUCAUCUGUUCAAGAGGACAUUGAAACUGAAAACAAAUUGAGAACAAAACAAAAAAUUGUAUGGCAGUUUUUACUUUUUAUCGCUCGUUUUUAACUUCACAAAUAAAUGAUAACAAAACCUCCCCGUG